UUUAGAGUAUGAUAUUAUAAGAUUUAAAUAAACUAAUAAACCUCUAAAGUCUAAAACCAUCUCAAAAUAAAAAAUUCUUUCAAAUUUUCAAGUUCCAACUGUUCCAAGUUAUAUCUUACUAUAGUAGUAUUUGUUUAAUUGUUUAUAGUUCGUGUCAUAUAGUAGAUAUUAUAGUAGAUGUUGGAACAAGAUAAUUAUUAUUAUUAUGAUUAAUGUUUUUUUUGUUUAUGAUAACUACAAUUUAAUGUUGAGCAUAAACUUAAUUGUUAUUAAUUUAUUAUAAUAUUUAGAUACCUAUAGUUGUGAUUUAAUCAAAAAAACAUAUACCUUAAGUUUUGGUUGAUAAAAUGUUUAAUUGAGUCUCAUACCUACUCAAAUAAUACAUAAUUUAUUGAAUUUUAACAUGAAUGGUUUAUAAAAAUUAAAUUGGUUUUAUUUUUACUUGUUAUUAUCUAAACAAUCAUUUGAAGCUUAUAAAAUGAGUAAUAUUUAUAUUCAAGAACCUCCUACUUCUGGAAAAGUCGUGCUCAAAACUUCAUUUGGUGAUAUUGAAAUUGAAUUAUGGUCGAGGGAAGCUCCAAAAGCAUGUAAAAAUUUUGUUCAGCUAUGUACUGAUGGAUAUUAUGAUGGAGUCUUGUUUCAUCGUAUUGUCAAAGGUUUUAUAGCUCAGGGUGGUGAUCCAACUGGAACUGGAGCAGGCGGUGAAUCAAUUUAUGGUCAUCCAUUUAAAGAUGAAAUACAUUCACGGCUUCGGUUUAAUCGACGUGGUUUGGUGGCUAUGGCAAAUGCUGGAAAAGAUGAUAAUGGAUCUCAAUUCUUUUUCACAUUAGGAUCUACUCCAGAACUUCAAACCAAACACACAAUAUUUGGAAAAGUUGCUGGUGAUACUAUCUUUAAUUUAACCAAAUUAAAUGAAACUCUUGUGGAUACGGAAGAUAAACCAGUUUAUGACCAAAAAAUACUAAAAACUAUAGUAUUAAAUAGUCCUUUCCCCGAUAUUGUACCUAGAGUUGAAAAAAAAACUGAAAAAACUGAAAAACUUUCAAAAAAAAAAGAAGUUGUCGCUGUCAAAAAUUUUAAACUUUUAUCAUUUGGUGAAGAAGCUGAAGAGGAUGAAGAAGAACUUAUUGAUGUUGUUAAAGAGUUUAGUGGUAGACCAAAAUCAACUCACGAUGUUCUUAAUGAUCCUCAGUUAAGUUCAGAACCUGCUGUUAUAGAUAAUGAACUUACCGAUGAUAUAAAUAUACCUUCUAGUGAUCAAACGUCAAAAAUAAGUAUUGAUGAUGUUCGGUCAAAGUUGUCAUCUAAUAGUAAAAAUAAAAAAAUGUUACCUAAAUCAAUUGAGCAAUCAAAUGAAGAAGAUUCUGACGAUUAUGAACUUGGCAAAGAUCUAAAAGAAGAGAAAAAAAGAAAAGCAGAAGAAAUCCGAAAAGAAAUAAACCAAAUCAAAUCACAGUUAUCAAAAAAAAAAAAAGAUAAAAAAAAGGACUUAGAUAUAGAUGAUACACCAAGUAUGCCAAUAUUGCCUAUUAAUCCCCUUAAACAACAAUAUUUGGAAAAUAUAAAAAUGUAUUCUUCCAAAAAAAGUGACAUUCCCAAAAAAGGUUCUAAUAGAGAAGAAUUUGCACUUGGUCUUUUAGAGAAAUUUAAAAAUAAACUGCAUAAUGCAAUACAAUCAAGUCAAGAAAAACCAUCUGAAACAGUAGAAGAAGAUGAUGAUUGGAAAAGUCAUCCCCUUCAAUUUCAGAAGGAUGAUGCUGUACUAGCAAAAGAUGCAAAUAAAAAAGAUGAUGAUUGGUUUGAAAUAUACGAUCCUAGAAGUGCUAUCAAUAAAAGGAAGCGUGAAUUGAAUAAAUUAAAUUCAAAAACUGACAAAGAUAAAAAAACAAAAGUUUAAAAUAUUAAAUAUAUCUAAUGUAUUUUACUUUUUCUUAGGUCUUAUUGUUUGAUUUUAUUGUUUUAAAAUAUAACAACAAUUUAUCAUUGAAA